AUGCUAUGGUCCUCGCAGCUGCUCCGGUCGAGCAUCAGCGCGCUGCGCUCUUACUCGACAUCUCAUGCGCCCCAGGUAGUGCUACGCCCGUAUCAAGAGUCUGCUCUCCAGGCUUGUCUUGAUGCGCUAAACGAAGGAUCGACUCGCAUUGGAGUGUCUCUGCCGACAGGCUCGGGGAAGACAACGGUCUUUGUCUCGCUGCUCUCUCGUCUGCCUGCCGUCCCGAAGAAUCCUGAUGCAAGGCGCUCCAUGAUCAUUGUAAGCAGUGUUGAGCUUGCCAAGCAGGCAGCCGAGCAAGUCCGGAAGAUGUGUCCGGACUGGAGUGUGGAAAUUGAGCAAGGUAGCAAGCACCAUGCGACUGGUAUGGCGGAUGUGACUGUCGCCACAUAUCAAACUCUCGUGCGAGGCUCGCGCCUGGCCAAGUUCAAGCCGGAAGGGCUCAAGGCGAUCAUCGUCGACGAGGCGCAUCAUGCCGCGGCGCCGACGUACCGUCAUAUCCUGUCCCAUUUCGACACGAACAUUCGCAACCCAGAUGCAACAUUAGUGCUGCCCCAGGUCCCCCACCACAUUCCGAUCUUUGGGUUCUCAGCAACCUUUAGCAGACACGACGGGCUCGCGCUCGGAUCUGUCUUUGAACGCAUCGUGUAUCAUCGUGACUUCCGGGAAAUGAUCAAGGAGACAUGGCUAUGCGACGUUCGCUUCACCUCAGUACAGGCCGAUAUAGACCUCAAGCAGGUCACCGUCAGCAGCCGGACAGGAGACUUCAGCGCGGCGAGCCUUGCACACGUUAUAAAUACGGACACCCUCAACAAGCUUGUUGUGAAAGCCUAUCUCGACAAAGCAGCAGAUAGAAAAUCUACGCUGGUGUUCUGUGUUAACCUGGCGCAUGUGAGCGAGCUCACGCACGAAUUCCGUGAAGCAGGUGUUGAUGCCCGAUACCUGCAUUCGGGAACUCCCGCUGCAGAGCGUGCCGCCAUGGUGAAGUCGUUCAAGGCUGGCACGUUUCCUGUCCUUGUCAAUUGCGCUGUCUUGACCGAGGGCACGGACAUCCCGAAUAUCGAUUGUGUCAUAGUGGCCAAGCCGACCCGUUCGCGUAACUUGUACGCUCAGAUGAUUGGUCGAGGCAUGAGGCUUUCUCCUGACACUGGGAAGAAGGACUGCAUGAUCAUCGACUUCGUGGACUCUUUGGAUACUAUACCUGGUGUGAUUUGUACACCUACGCUGUUCGGUCUCGAUCCCUCGGAGGUCAUUGAUGACGAAUCCAUGCAGUCACUCGAGGAGCGGGCGGCCGAGCUGGACGACAUAGAAGAUCCUGAACCAUCAAAGUUGAAAGCACCCGAUGUCCCGGAUCCCACAUCGGUAACUUACGUGGACUAUGACGAUCCAUGGGAGCUCGUGGACGAAGCCUCUGGUGCUCCUCAUCUUUGGAAGCUGAGCCCCCAUGCAUGGGUCGGCUGCGGUGGCGAUAUUUAUAUCCUAGAGUGUCUAGGCAGGGGGUUCAUAAGGGUUGAACCCUAUCAGAAUGAUGAAGAUGAAACUAUUUACAAAGUCCAGUACACUCCUGCUACACUGCCCAUGGCAACAGCGCGCACAUUGAAAAUCCCCCCCUACCAGAGAAGCCGUGAGAUUGCGAUAGCAGCGAACUUGUCCGACGCGAUCCGUGCCGCCGAUAAGUACGCCACUGUGAAGGUGGUGCAAGGACAUUUUGCCAUGGAACUGCGUCGCGGAGCGAAGUGGAGGCAGGCGUCAGCGACCGACUCACAGAAGGCGUUCAUCAGAAAACGCUGGAAAAUCCGUGAAUCGGACGAAUUCAUGGAGCACAUUGCCGAUGAGCAACAACAAGACAAAGCACAAAAAUUGAGCCGGCUUACGAAAGGGGAAGCAGCAAAUAUCAUUACUCGUUUGAAGCAUGGCGCUCAGUCCCGUUACGAGAAGAAAGUCAAACAGCAACAGCGAGCAAUGAAAGCACUUCAGAAGGAAAGGUUGCGGAAGGCUAGAGAGCACGUAGAAGUUGGCCCUCUGAGCAUCAGCGAAUGA